AUGCGAGCGCAAAUUGAGCAGAAUCCCCCCCACAGGGAGGAAUCCUGUAGCAAUGAAGAGGGAGGGGAUGGUACCGGACGAGACGAGUCCCGAGCGCAAACCACCACCAACCAAACAGAAGCAAGGCCUAGAGCAGCCAGACGCCACCCCUUCGUGGGCAGGAUCAUGGAAGCGGAACUUCCCACGCGCUGGAAGGGGUUGACUAUGAGCCAGUACGAUGGCACUACAGAUCCGGAGGAGCACGUGGACGUCUUCACCACCCAGGCAGGGUUGUAUACUUCGGACGACGCAAUCCUCUGUCGUGUUUUCCCAACAUCCCUAAAAGGGCCUGCACUCAAUUGGUUCACACGAUUACCACCCAACUCUAUCGACUGUUUCGAUACGUUGGCCACCCGUUUCGACAUACAGUUUGCCACUAGUAAGCCACACCACCUUACUUCUCUGGCAUUGGUAAAUAUACGACAGGUAAAAGGAGAGUCUCUGCGGGAGUUUAUGGAACGAUUUGGGAAGAUAUCCUUGAAUAUCUCUAAUUUAAAUCCUGAGGUCGCCAUGCACCACCUCAUCACAGCACUAAAGCCUGGCCCUUUCGUUGAUAGUCUAUGCAAGAAGCCCGUGAACAAUCUAGAUGAGCUUCGGACCAGGGCCACCAAAUUCAUGCAGAUGGAGGAAUUGAAAGAAUUCCGCAAUACAACUCGACCAGACGCACAGGAGAAAAGGCACCAUGAUAGAGAGCGAACGUUAGCACCCCGAUCCGACCACAGGUUCAAAGACUCUAGGCAGCCGAAAUACAGCAGGUACAUGCCACUUGUGUCCAACAGAGCCAGAAUUCUGGAGGAAGCACUGAACACCGAUCUAAUAACAGUCCCUCGAAGGGCCCCGACUCCCCCGAACACCGAUACCACCAAACAUUGUCGGUAUCACCGAAAUUAUGGGCAUACAACAAAGGAAUGCUUUACCUUGAAAGACAAAAUCGAGGAACUGAUACAGGCAGGACAUUUGAGAAGAUUCGUGAAACGGGAAGGCGGGGGAUUCUCUUCAAGGGAAGAACGAGAAAAAUGCUACGAGGAGCAACCACGAAGGACGUCAGGGUACCGAGAGAGGGAAAGAGAGGGCACCUGCAGAAGGGCCGAACCCAAAAAAGAUGAUGAGCGGGAUACGAGAGAAAGGCCACUGAGAGGAGUAAUUUAUUACAUUUCAAGAGGCUUCGCAGGAGGUGGGGCCAUUACGUAUGCAAGGAAGAAAUAUGUGCGAGCGAUUCAGAGUGUCAAUGUCGUGACAGUAUGUCCCAGACGACACAUGCCACCCAUCACGUUCCGAGACGACGAUUUCCAAGCGAUCGACCCCCAGCAUGACGACCCAAUGGUGAUAUCAGUAGAGAUCGAGGACUUCGCGGUCAGGAAAACCCUGGUGGACCUGGGUAGUUUGGUGGACAUCCUAUAUUGGGGCACUCAGAGAAAGCUGAAAAUUCCAGAAGGGGAGAUCCAGCAAUACUCAGAGCCGAUCGUGGGCUUCGCAGGGGAGCAAGUGAAUACGAAAGGCUACGUUGACUUGUUCACUAAGUUCAGGACAGGAAUGAUAACACAAACGGUAAAAAUUCGAUACCUUAUUGUUGAUGCUCACACCUCUUAUAAUAUUUUGCUAGGGAGACCCUCGCUGAAUACGCUUGGUGCAGUAGUCUCCACAUAUCACUUGGCCAUGAAGUUUCCAUCCGCCUCAGGAGACAUAAUCACGAUGCAUGUAGACCAACCGACUGCUCGCAGAUGCUAUGCGGACAGUUUGAGAGAAAGACCCGAGUCUCCUCCCAGACGAGCAGUGAAUAAUGUUAAGAGGGUCCAAGGGGAAGCAAAGUAG